CUAUACAUCAGUUUCCAAUGGCUGUCUAUAGCUAGCUUUUUUUCUCCCUAAGAAAGUUAAACUACGAAUUUUUGAGGUAUCUGAAGUUGAACGAGUUUUAUUUAAGGCAAGGUAAAUGAAGAGAAAAAUAUUUGGUAGAGAAAUUUAAAUGAAGAGUUACUGACCACUGUUGGACAAGAUGGCGGCAACGUCAAACAGUUUCUGAUCCGAUCCGAAACUCAAACACCCUUGGGUUUACGAGCUUCUUGUAAAUGGCUGGCUUAAAUGAAGAGGUCUUAGACAUGGCUCGAGGUUUAAUUGAAUCUAGAGUUGUUGUAAAGAGACCUCCAUCAGCUGCGCAGCGUAGAGCAUACCAUGCCACACCCAGAGGACCCCCCAUAAUACCGAAAGAAAAGAGAGCAAGACCGUCAAGCGCCAAGGCAAGGUUAAGUACUGAACAUGAUGUUAAGAAUACAACAGCAAUAGCGGUCCCACCUCGGCCACCUUGGAGACCUUUCACCCGCGAAUCCUCUCUCAGUAAGUUGGACACGACAGGAUUUCUAGACACACAACAACCUGAGGAAGUGGGAGUGAAAAUUAAAAGGGAAGAGGAAGAAACGAAAAAUGAAAAGAAGAAAAUUCCAAGCAUUUAUCAAAGCAGGAAUCUACCAGAGGGUUUAUCUGCAUUGUCAGAAUGGUUGACAGAAAAAGUUCCUCCUGACUGGGCUCAAGGAUAUUCGCCGGAAUCUAGUUUUGUAUUCCUUCCAUGCCUACAGUCAAUGAAUGAGCAAGAUCUUCCUUGUGUACCUGUGGUACAGGAACCUGAUGAAGAGCUGUCCUACACACCAGUACCACAAAUACAGAUAUAUAAACCACCAAAGCCUAGACUGAAGUUCAGCCAGGAUUCUGCAGCUGGAUUAAAACAAAAUUCAAAGUCCAGUCUCAGCAGUGGAGAUGAUGAAACAGUGAGGCCAAAACACCUGAGAAUGUACAACAAAGAUGGCGAACUGAUCCAUGAUAUCUACCGAGGCAAAAGAACAGAAGAAAUAAUAAGACAAGAGAUACGAGACUUGGAAAGAUUGCUUCAAGGAAUUGGCAACCCAUAUGGAUCAUCAAUCGUUGUUCGUUACCAGCAUGACAUCAAUCAUCUCCAAGAAAUGGUGAAAUCUACACUUGAAGGUUAUACUUUCCCUGAUGAUGAACGAUGUGUCACCCCUGUGGCUGCUACUCUUCAGGAAGAUCUUGUAAACUAUCCUGCCAAACAUGAUGAAAUCAUGGCUUCAAUUUGCAAGAGAAGAGAUGAAUGUAUUGAAGAACUGGCUGUGAUAGAAAGGAAAAUCCUCCAUGGGAAGAGUUAGAUGCAUGUAAAUUAAUGUAUAAAUGUAUGAAGGAUG